AGCGUCUCUAUUAUUUCGUAUGCGACAUCGUUAUGGUAGGUUCCGAGCCAUUGUGAAAGAUGCGCCGCUCAUCGUAUGCUCUUGCGCGUGCUCAUUUGUGUGUGCUUCUCCGAUUGCAGGCUGUGUCACCAUUUAUUUCCAAACAUCCUUCUCGAGUGCCUCGAGUGCUCGAGGUAGCGGCAUGCCCGCCGUAUAACCUCUGUCAUCUGAUUGAAUUGUACCCGCUGUAUUAUGAUCCUCUCUACUAUCCUCAAUAUCAUCCUUCUGUCUUCGCAACCUCUGAAAACUUCUGCAUCUGGUUGCGUGCUUCUCUCAGUACACAUUGUGAUUUUCUGUUCUCUUUGAUGGUGUUUCGUUGUCUGUCUGCAUUGAUAAUGUUCACAUGACAUUCGGACGCGCACAAUUUGAAAAUCGCCAAAGUGUGGCCACGGCUGCGAUGUGCCUCAGAUCUGGUGUACACCAUGACCCACCUUGGUUCAAUUAUGCGGAUGAGUGCUAUGAGGACAACUUGAACACAUUGUCUGCAUCUGUACUGUGUAGUCUGGCUCGAACCCUUGUGUUUAGGAAGACGGAUGCACGCAACAAACGUGACUAUGUCCGUAUCAUCUUGUC